CGUACGUCGGUUGUCGCGCGCCAGUGACGUCACAUUGCGGAAACGUGUGUCGCACAUGAGGAUAAAAACAGGAACUGUUCACGAGCAGGAAACAUGGGGAAGAAUAAACCAAAAGGGAAGAAACAGAAGAACGUCUUUCGAGUGGCGAAGAAACAGCCGAAGAACAAGAACAAAACCAAACCCGUCACGACGACACUCAAACACAUCAAUGCGGUGAAAAAUGAGAAGGUGGAGAGCCUCGAUCAAAUGUUUACAGAAGUCCAGAAGGACGUUCAGAGUGUUUCCAAGCCUGUUGCUCCCGAACCGAAGAAACAAACACAGGUCGUCAGGGAGCCGCCAAAGGAAUCUGUAAAUGUGGACAAUGCUGCUCAGCUUUUCUCUCAGCUGUAAUGCACCCAGAGAAAAGGACUGUGAUGAAUUACAUUCAUGAAAGGGUUGAACCGCUUCUCUUUGCUCAUUUUCACAUUUUGAAGUCAGGUCUCAGAGGAGCUGCUGGUUUACUUCCAGUGAAAUUGGACAUUUCAGGCCAAGACACAGACUCUGCAGCUGAGUCUGAAAAGAGAGGAGGUGCAGCUAUGGCACGUUGUUAAAAAUGUGUCUUUCAUUUAAUCAGCCAGUGUUUUCUGUGCAAAGGAAUCACGUAACGAGUCUGAGCAUCAUCAUUAGUGAUAUUGUGUCAGAAUUAUAGGAUUUUAUUUUAUUUUCAUGGACUUAAUGUUCCUGUAGAGAUAUUUGCUUUAUUAGUUCUGCAGUUAAUGAUCAUUUUCUUGAUUAAUUCGUGACUUGUUUUGUUUUUAAAUGAUCCGAAAAAUAAUGAAAUAAAUGCUCAUAAUAAAAUCCCAGAGCCCAGAUGGAUUAUCGUCAAACUGUUUUUUUGUAGGUCAACGGCCCAAAACCAGAUAAAUAUUCCCCUAACUGUCAAAUAUCAGAACAUAAGAAAAAAGCCAGAAAAUCUUCACAUUUGAAGCAAAUGGAAUUAGUGAAUGAAAUGAUUCAUCUGCUAAGAAAAGAAAUACCAUUUAGUUUUCUUUUGACUAAUGUUGAUGUGUUUUAUCUCCAUCAGACAGUGUUGACAUGUUUGCCAUCAUAUUAAAUCCUCAACCAUG